AGGAGGAUUUUGGAUAGUUUUUGUGGAGAGAAAUGGGGAAACGAUCAUUUAAACAAUUCGUAGAACAAGAACUCGGGUCGGUCCCCAAGUUCUUCAUCUACGCGUUGCUCGAAUGGGUGAUGAUCUUCAUGUUGUUCGUCUGCGGGUUCAUUGUGUUCAUAUCGAACGAAUUCGCCAAGUUCUUCGAGUUGCCAAUCCCUUGCCUGUUUUGCACCAGGCUCGACCAGCUCCUCCACGGAAAAACCAGCGAUGUCCAUUGCAACGAGUCCAUAUGCGACGAACACAAGAAGAGCGUGUCGUGUCUUGCCUUCUGUCACGCCCACAAGAAGCUUUCCGAUAUCCGGAACUUGUGCGAGAGCUGCCUCCUGUCGUUCGCGACGGAGCGAGACACCGACUGCGAUCGGUAUAAGUCACUUCUCGGGAUCUUACACAAGGAUGUUGAUCAGUUGUUGGUGGACGAAGACAGCGAAGUUCAGUUCUCGAUGCCUUUCAGCGCUAAAAAGGAUGAAGAAGCAGCGGUUUUUGAGAAGAGCAAUGAGCAUCAUUGUACAUGCUGUGGGCAGCCAUUGAAGGUGAAAUUUACGGGUUCCAAGGACAAAGUUUCUUCCUUAUCUUCCAUGGCUCCUUCGUCUUCUCCCCGGGCUCUUCCGGAUAACGUGCUGCACAUUAAGUAUUCGGAGAUAAAGCUUAAACUUGAUGAACCAGAGGCUCUUGAGGAUAAUGAUCGCUCUAAAGUUAAGGAAGAUGGCAAGGGUGGUCCAAUGCCAAUGGUGCUGGGGUGUGACGAAGACGACAAGACCCCCAACGUUAUUAAGAGCAACAAGUUCUUCGGCAUCCCCUUAUCGGAUUCCACCAACGAAAGCCCUCGGUGGAACCGAACUCCGAGAAAGUUACUGCUUCAGAAACCGGAGUUCGCUUCGGAAUGCGGCGGCGAAGGCCAAAUCCUGAACAGUCCUCGCAUGGACCGAAAGUCACUCAUGGCAUUGUACAUGGAACUCGACGAAGAACGCAGUGCCUCCGCCGUGGCGGCCUACAACGCGAUGGCGAUGAUCACAAGGUUACAGGCCGAGAAAGCGGCGGUUCAGAUGGAGGCGUUGCAGUAUCAGAGGAUGAUGGAAGAACAAGCCGAGUACGAUCAAGAAGCACUCGAGGAGAUGAUCAAUCUGGUGGCAAAAAGAGAGGAAGAACUCAAUGAGUUAGAGACCGAACUCGAGGUUUACAGGGCGAAAUAUGGGGGUUUACAGGAAAGUGAUUUUGAAAAGCAUGCACCAAGAGACGAGAACCAUGAAGGAAACAACAACAACAACAACCAAGCGAUGAAACCGACGGCGGUUUCAUCCUCCAACGGCAAACCCGAAACCGCCUUCACUAGUACUACCGCGGAGACUCAGCAAGAUCAGGCCACAUCAAAUUCCAGUAAACAGGAGAAGGUCGAAGCGGCGGAAAUAGUGGGAUCGGAAUCGAAUUCGGCGGUGGAAAAGACAGGAGGGGAAGUCAGCGCCAGUGCGAAAUCAAAGAAAGCGAUGCGUCAAAUGGACCGGUUGAAAAUUCUAGAGAAGAAGAUGCAUAUUUCAACAAUGGGAAGGCAUGAAAGGCAAAAUGUUGAGUUUGAGGACGAGUUUGAAGAAGAUCAGUAG